AUGAACUUGGAGCCGAGCGCGACUCCGCAGGCUGGCCCUUCUCCUAGUUCGUCUAGCGGUUCUCGCUUCAGGUUCCACCGGGAUAUUGGGUAUCUAUCAGCGAGGCUGAGGCAGGCAAACCAUUGCAUCGACUACCUCAUGGCAAGGGAAAGGGAAUCCCGUCGAGAGCUUGAAUCCCUGAAGACGAGCCUGGAAGAGGCACAUCAUGAUAACACAUAUCUCCAGAAUCGUCUGCGUCAGCUCGUUGAUGACAACGAAGCAAAGGCUAGUCAUAUUACAGUAACGCAAGGUAAACUCGCAACUUCACAUCGCCAGCUACAAGAGAUACGCCGUGACAACGCCAAACUACAGGAGGAGGUCAGAGUCGCACAAGAUGCCGUGUUCCGUGCCACAGAAAAGAAAGAAACCGCCCCAAUGGAAGACAGAGAGGUCCGUGACAAAUUUGUGGUCCUCGAAGAAAAGCUCAGAGGAUGGGCCAGGAACUAUGCGGUGGACGAUAUAGGCAAACUGCAUUCGGCAUCGAACAGUGAGAUGAACCGACUCAUAUCCCAACUGGGUGGAUACUCGCGAGCCAUAUUCGAAGAGAUAUUCGGCUGUGCGUUCUUUGUGUUCCCAACCUCGCGAGCGUAUUGUAACACCCCGAGUCGUGGACAGCUAGACGCCCUAUACCAAUCCCUACGACAAUGUGCAGACGAACCUGUAAGCCAUGUGUGGCGUUCUCAGACGCUUUCAAUGUUGAGUAAAUGCGAAACUGAAUCCAGCGGGCAACCCUUUAUUGAGGACGCACUACAUACAGUGGCCAUCCGCCUAUCCAACAAGAUCCUCGAUGGGCCUGUUCAUGUCUUGCUGAAGCCGUUGGCUGGGGACGCCCAGAUUACCAAACGCACUGAGGACUUACGUGGUCUCAUCCAUGUCGCAGGAGAGCUUGCAUUCCGACUAUGGUCACAGCAUACCUUUAUGACUUGUACUGGUCUAGGUCAAUCUGGAAUUAUUUCAUCAGGCCGCUCUUUCAUAUCCGCUCAUCGUCUCCAUCGUCUCGAGGAGGAUGAUGAUAAGUUGGACAAUCGCAGAAUUGUCAUCCUUACCCACCCUUUGGUCCUAGCAUGGGGAGAUGAGAAUGCUGAAAACUACGACCAAUACAAGGUCUGGGGGAAGGCUAUUGCUUGCGUGGAGGAGCGUGCAUAA